UGACCGGAGAGUGACGGCCAUCAUUGUUAUUGAGAAAGGGACGCCGGGAGAGAAAACAUAAACAUUUUUGCUAUUUUCUCCUCACCUGAGCCUAUUUUUACACACCUGGCGCUUCCGGUGACUGCACAAAGCCAUGGGUGACAGCGAUGACGAGUUUGAACGGCGGCGGCGCGACAAGUUCCGCGGAGAAAGGUCGGAUUACAGCGGCGGCGGCGGCGGUGGUGGCGGGCGAGACAGGCGGGAUGACGGGCGGAGGAGUGGCCGGGACGAAUGGGGGGAUAGGAGCCGUGAUGGAUGGGGUGGCCGGGAGAGGGGGUCGUCCAGGAGGGAGUAUGGCCGGGAGUACGGAGGGGGGAGGACCAGGGACCGCUACUCCCCCUCCCGCCACGACUUGAGCCCCCCAGUGAAGAGAGUCAGGCAGGACUGGGACGAUAGGAGGUAUGGGGGGUAUGAGGGAGGGGGUGGGACAGCUCCCCCAUCCUAUGGUGCCUACCCCUCCUCCUACAGCCAGGAGUACACCCACCCACCAGGGCAUGGGGCAGCAGCUGGCAGACUGGAUGAACUCGGCCCAACACAGCCCCCAAUGAUGACUUUUAAGGCUUUUAUGGAACAGUGCGACGACACUAUAACAGAGGAAGAGGCGCUCAGAAAAUACUCCGACUACAAGCUUGAAUUUAAACGGCAGCAGCUUAACGAAUUUUUCAUCAACCACAAGGAGGAAGAGUGGUUCAAGGCCAAAUACCACCCAGAGGAGUGUGUCAAGAGGAAAGAGGAACAGCUGGCUAACUUGAAGCGUCGCAUGUCCACCUUCUCGGAGUUGUACCAUGCAGGACGUCUGGAAACUAUCUCCGUUGAUGCUGACCAAUCUGAUCAACUCCUGAAGCUCCUGGACAGUGUUGUGAUCAAGCUGGAGGGCGGGACAGACCUGGACCUUCAAGUGCUGGACCAGGUUGUCGAAGAGGAGCCCCCCAAGCCCCCACAAGCCACCCCCGGCACUCUGGACGCUGGUGGAGACGGGGAGGGCACUGGUGGGGGGCAGGAGGAGGAAGGGAAGCUGUUUGUGUUGGGUGAAGACUCAGACGAGGGGGGUGAUAAUGAGGCAACCGGAGAGGGAGAAAAGGACCCCGAUGCCCCUCUUAAGAUGGACAUGAGCGAAGAACAGAAGGAAUUGCAGAAGAAAGCGAAGGAAUAUUUGAAGCAGAAAGGCAGUGAUGGUGCUGGUGGUGGGGAGGAGGGAGUUACUACUGGAGAAGAGCACAAGAGGAAGAGGUCGGACUUUUCUUCCUCGUCCUCCUCCUCUUCCUCCUCCUCCGAUUCUGGAGAUGAGGGACUGGAGGGAGACUUCUCCGAGCCGCCUCCUCCCGGGAUGGAGGGAGGAGGGCUGGAUGGAGAAAAGAAGGAGGAGGAGGAGGAGGAGAAGAAGGAGGAGGAGGAGGAAGGGGAGGAGGGGGAGGAACAGGAGGAAGGGAAGAAAGAAAACGGAAUAGAAGAUGCUGCUAAAGAAAAUGGAGAACCGAUGGAGGAAGAUGGAGCAGCAAAGGAAGAAACAGAAGAAGGAAAGGAAGACAAGGAGAAGGAGAAGGAGAAAGAGGAUGGAGGAGGAGGAGGAGGAGGAGAGAAGGAGGGAGAGGGGGAGGAAGAGGAUGUGGAGAUGAAGCCCAGAGCUCUCCACAAAACGGCCUCCAUCUUUCUCCGUAAUCUUGCCCCAACUAUUACAAAGCAGGAGGUGGAAGCUAUGUGCCGUCGAUACAAUGGGUUCCUAAGGGCGGCCAUCGCUGACCCCCAGCCCGAGCGCCGCUGGUUCCGGCGAGGCUGGGUCACCUUCAAGAGACAUGUCAACAUCAAGGACAUCUGCUGGAACCUCAACAAUAUCAGGCUACGGGACUGUGAGUUGGGCGCCAUCGUGAACAGGGACCUGAGUCGACGCAUCCGUACUGUUAACGGCAUUACGUCCCAUCGCUCAGUGGUCCGUGCUGACAUUAAACUGUCCGCCAAGAUUAUUCAGAACCUGGACUCGCGCUGGGGACUGUGGGCUGAGGAGGCUGCUGCAAUACUGGAGAACCCGCUGCUGAGCCUGACCUCCUCAUCGAACCCUGUGCUGCGGAACAUCACGGACUACUUGAUAGAGGAGGCCAGCGCGGAGGAGGAGGAGCUGCUGGGCGGGAACAGUGGUGGUGGUGGUGGGGGCUCGGAGGAAAAGGGUGAAGGCGAGGCUAUUGAAAGAGAGCCUAGUCUUAUCAAGGUGCUGGACAGACUGCUACUGUACCUUCGCAUCGUUCACUCCGUCGACUACUACAACCACUCCGAGUACCCCAACGAGGACGAGAUGCCAAACAGGUGUGGCAUUAUGCACGCCCGCGGCAUCCCACCCUCCUCCAAGGUCACCCCACAGGAGGUUCAGGAUUACUGCAGGGCCUUUGAGAAUAAGAUCGGAUCCUUCUUGCAGCCACUCACCAGACUUACUGAUGACGAGGCUAAGAAACUGGGGCUGAAAGAGGCAGAGGAGGAGGUGGAGAAGUUUGUCCAGAGCAACACACAGGAGGUGGCCAAGGACAAGUGGCAGUGUCCCCUCUGUGGCAAGAAGUUCAAGGGAGCUGAGUAUGUACACAAACACAUUCUGAUGAAGCACGCUGAGAAGGUCAAGGAGGUGAAGAAAGAGGUGGACUACUUCAACAACUACCUGCGUGACCCUAAACGGCCCCAGCUCCCUGAAUACCCUGGAAACAAACACGGAGGCCGCAAGGAGGACCGCCCAGACCCUUACGUGGCCACCUACCCCCAGCACGUCCCUGAUAAUAGGUACGCUGGCUAUGGGGGAGGGUAUGGGAGGCAGUACCCAGCACACAGCUAUGGGGGGUACUCAGGAACCUACCCCAAAGAUUACUACGGCAGAGGGGACCCUUACACCAGGGAGCCCUAUCCACGCCCCAGGGUUACCUAUAGAUCAAGGGUUGGCUACAGAGACUUGGAUGCCCCUAAGGAAGACUACUAGGACCCCCCACCCUCACCCCCACCACCAACACCACAGGGUCAGGUCAGGUCAGGUCAUGGCCUCUUGACCUUCCAUAUCACCUUGACCUUAUCUAACCUAGCCUGGGAUUUAUUUUUUAAUUAGAUUUUUAUUUUAUUUAUUUAUUUUUUUUAGUAGGGGUAUUUCUCUCUCUCUCUCUCUCUGAUUUUUUAAAGUUUGUUUUCUUAUUUUGUUUUGAGAGAUAAUUAAAAUUAGUUUUAUUUUCUUUCAGUAAGUAAUUAUAUAUUUUUUUCUGGUUAUUUGUAAUUAAUUUGUUACUAUUAUUAUUAUUAUUAUUACUUUUAUUACUAUUACUAACUUUUUUAUAUUUAGUGUUAAGUCAAGACAAACAAAACAAACAAGUAACAUUUUUCUCUGAACAUUCAACACAUCAAUAAAAUUUUUUGCAUCAUUCAUGUCAAGAAAUAAAUUAAAUAAAAAAAAACAUUAUUUAUUUAUGUAUUUAUUGACUCACUUCCAUCAUUUGUCAAUAAAACAAUCAUUUUU